UUCCCAGAGGGCAGCGGGGCGGCCGGCGGUGCUGGGGCGGAGAUUUGUGUACUGUGCAGUCAUCCCAAGCCUCUUAAACGGGACUGUAAUGGCCGGAGAAAUGACGAUCUUAGGAUCAGCCGUUUUGACUCUCCUGUUGGCUGGCUAUUUGGCACAACAGUAUUUACCAUUGCCCACUCCUAAAGUAAUUGGCAUUGACCUGGGUACCACCUAUUGUUCUGUUGGAGUGUUUUUUCCUGGCACAGGAAAAGUAAAGGUAAUUCCAGAUGAAAAUGGUCAUAUCAGCAUACCCAGCAUGGUGUCCUUUACUGACCACGAUGUGUAUGUGGGAUAUGAGAGCUUAGAGCUGGCAGAUUCAAAUCCUCAAAACACAAUAUAUGAUGCCAAAAGAUUCAUAGGUAAGAUUUUCACUCCUGAGGAACUCGAGGCUGAAGUUGGCAGAUACCCAUUUAAGGUGUUAAACAAAGAUGGAAUGGCUGAGUUUUCCGUGACAAGUAAUAAGACCAUCACCGUUUCCCCAGAAUAUGUUGGUUCGCGACUGUUGUUGAAAUUAAAGCAAAUGGCAGAGAAAUAUCUUGGAAUGCCAGUUGUUAAUGCUGUCAUUUCUGUACCAGCAGAAUUUGACCUGAAACAGAGAAGUUCAACAGUUGAAGCUGCUAAACUUGCAGGACUAAAGAUCUUGAGGGUAAUAAAUGAACCCACAGCAGCAGCUAUGGCCUAUGGUCUCCACAAGGCUGAUGUUUUCCACGUCUUAGUAAUAGACUUAGGAGGAGGAACUCUAGAUGUGUCUUUACUGAAUAAACAAGGAGGAAUGUUUCUAACCCGAGCAAUGUCUGGAAACAAUAAACUUGGAGGACAGGACUUCAAUCAGAGAUUGCUUCAAUACUUAUAUAAACAGAUCUAUCAAACAUAUGGCUUCUUCCCCUCUAGGAAAGAGGAAAUCCACAGAUUAAGGCAAGCUGUGGAAAUGGUCAAAUUAAAUCUCACCCUUCAUCAGUCUGCCCAGAUGUCAGUAUUACUAACUGUGGAGGAACAAGACAGAAAGGAACCUCAGGAUGGUGACACUGAACAGCCAAAGGACAAACUUACUCCGGCAGAUGGCCAUCAUGUGAGCAGAGCAUUUGGACCUGGCCUUUCUGAAAGGAAAAGUGGAAAACAACAAGUAUUAUUUGAGGCAGAAAUAUCCCGGAAGCUCUUUGAUACCCUUAAUGAAGACCUCUUUCAGAAAAUCCUCGUGCCUAUUCAGCAAGUAUUAAAAGAAGGCCAUCUAGACAAGACUGAGAUUGAUGAGGUGGUUUUAGUUGGGGGUUCUACUCGUAUUCCUCGAAUCCGCCAAGUCAUUCAGGAGUUCUUUGGGAAGGAUCCCAACACAUCCGUAGACCCUGACCUGGCAGUGGUGACAGGAGUGGCUAUCCAGGCAGGGAUUGAUGGAGGCUCUUGGCCUUUGCAAGUCAGUGCUUUAGAAAUUCCCAAUAAGCAUUUACAAAAAACCAACUUCAAUUGAAUUCUGGAGCAAUGAUGACGGUUUGUGGUCUUUUCCUUUAACAGAUCACUUGCUCCAAGAACGAAAAUCUCUAAAGUGUCUCACAGAUUUACCUACAAGUUAACAUUUACAUAUAGGAAAAUUUAACAUCACAUUUUGUUUUAGGAUUAGAAGAGACCAAAUUGAUCCUAUUUGAUUUUGGAGAGGUCUCAUUCCAACAAGUACUUCUAAAUGUUAGAAUUGAGGUAAAACUUACCACAGGAGCAUAGGUAGCUGUACUUUCUGGAUUCUGGAAAUAGACAACCAUAUGCAUUUCACAUUAAAUAGUGCCAAUUGUAAGACAGCCAGUUCUUACUAAAUUGUAUUAGUAAGACUUGGUAAUUUCUUUACUUGUGUAUCAUUUAACUUAAUUUGGUCUGUACUUGAAGGACAGUAUUGAUGUCAAGUAUUUACUUGGGCUGGGAGAUAGCAGUAUUAUUAAGCUGCAUAUAUAGUACUUACUAGCUGGCAUAUACACAUUUACUUUCACAAAUUUGGCCAUUAUGUGUCAUGUUCUUAAAAUAUAUGGUCUCGAUUAUUUUAAUGUAUGUAAUAGACCAGUUUAUUUUGUUUCUAAAAUUGCUACAGUAAUUCAAAUUUAUAGUUGUAGUAUAAAUAUCUAAUUUAUAUUAUAAUGUCUUCAUUUUCUAUGCCUCAUUUUCUGGGUUUCCAUGGUUCUGCGUGGUUAGAAAACAGUAGGGAAUUAUUAAUUGCAUUUUUAAAAAUGUGCUAUUGUCAUAAUAAAGCCACCAUUACUAUCUCAUUUUAUUAUCCAAGACUUUUGCAAACAUUGGUACAUAGAAUUAAUUUUUACUAUAUUUUAUGUUUUUAUUUUGUUUAUAGUUUCAGUAAUCCCUAGGGACUGAAGCAUGCAUUCAUUUAACCUAUCAAAUGUUACUCAGUUUUAUUGAGAUUUUCCUCCAGUUUUACUGAGAUUUUUAGUUUUGAAUGACCUAAUUCAACCUAUAAAGUCCUGGUAUUUUAUAUUAUUGUUUAUAAAUAGUUGUUCUGUUUUUAUCCAGAUGUGAUGAGAGCAAAAAAAUGUGACUACUGAAAAUAAUUCUAAUGUGGAAAGCAAUGUAGAAAAUUUUUCUGUAAAUCAGAAUUUAUAGCAGUUGUGUUUGUUUUGUUUUGUUUCUUUUAAGAAAA